AUGGAAGAACAGGUAGCAAAUGCCAUUGAGAUCGCCUGGAAUCCGUCCUCCGACCAUGCCUUGAAGUCGCAAGCCUUCGACUAUCUCAACCAACUCCGCUCCGAUCCCUCCGGAUGGCAGGUCUGCCUCAAUCUCUUCACCAAAACCCCCCAACAGCCCGAGAUCGUACGUCAUGCGAGCUUGGAGAUCGUCAAUAGCGCCGCCCAGGCCGGUCUGAUCGAUAUUUCCUCUCUGGGAGUGGUGCGGGAUGGAUUGCUAGCCUACCUCCGUCAGGUCUACGGUCCGGAUGGCGCUGCCACGCCCGAUGUCCCGUACAUCCAAAACAAAAUCGCCCAGACCGUAACGUUCCUGUUCUCAGCUCUCUACGCGAAUGGAUGGGAGACUUGCUUCGAUGACCUCCUCAGCCUGACCUACAAGUCCUCCUCCAGCACCACUCGUGACAACCCGCUCGGCAUCGUAUUCUACCUGCGCGUGGUGAACUCGAUCCAUGAGGAAAUUGGUGAUGUGCUGGUCUCACGCUCGCGCGGCGAGCAGGACAAGGCAAACUCCUUGAAGGAUCUCAUUCGUGAACGAGACAUGCAGAAGAUCGCGAGCUCGUGGCAAGAAAUCUUGUCGGCGUGGCGGGAUGGCGAUGACACAGUGGUGGAGAUGUGCUUGAAGGCCGUCGGCAGCUGGGUCAGUUGGAUCGAUAUAGGUCUGGUCGUGAACCAAACCAUGCUCGACCUUCUCUUCCAGCAGCUUGGACGGGCGGAAAAACAGGAAUUGCGCGAAGGAGAACAACGAGUUCGUGAUGCUGCAGUGGAUGUUUUCACUGAGAUCAUCGGCAAGAAGAUGAAGCCUGCGGACAAGAUUGAAAUGAUCAUCUUCCUUAACCUCGAUACGAUUGUCACUCAGCUUUCGAACAGCCCGCCUCUGCGGGAAAACCGAUUCACCUUCAAGUACGAUACCGAUCUGGCAGAGACUGUUGCCAAGCUCGUCAAUAUCACUGUGAUGGAUAUUGUGCGAGUUUUGGAGACCGAUUCAGGCCCCGUGAAGGACAAGGCAAACGAUUUGCUGCAGGUUUUCCUGCCGCACAUCUUGCGGUUCUUCUCGGAUGAAUAUGACGAGGUCUGCUCGACCGUCAUUCCCUGUGUCAAUGACACACUCACCUACAUCCGAAAGCUGUCCAAGGCAGAGCCUGCUUUCGAGGAGCGAAACAAGGCUAUCCUUCUCCCGCUUCUCAAGGCUAUCAUCGCAAAAAUGCGGUACGACGAGACCUCCAACUGGGGUGACGAGGACGAGCAAACCGACGAGGCAGAGUUCCAAGAGCUGCGUAAGAGACUGGGUGUCCUUCAACAAAUUAUCGCGUCGGCGGAUGAGCAGCUCUAUAUCGAUGCCAUCUCGGAGGUGGUGGGUACAACAUUCGAGAACCUGCGUGCUUCCGGUGGUCAAAUUGACUGGCGUGACUUGGAUUUGGCUCUGCAUGAGAUGUUCCUUUUCGGUGAUCUGGCUGUCAAGGGUGGUGGUCUUUACCAGAAGGGUGGCACCCCCACCGGUCCUCCUGCGGUCCGUCUCAUUGAGAUGAUGCUCCGAAUGGUGGAGUCCGAUAUCCGAUCUUUCACCCAUCCGGCCACCCAGCUCCAGUAUAUGGAGAUUUGUGUGCGCUAUAGCUCCUUUUUCAACACCCACUCCCAUCUCGUCCCUGGUGUUCUGGAGAGCUUCCUUCAGCUUGUUCAUCACCCAGUUCGCAAAGUCAAGACCCGUUCGUGGUAUCUCUUCCAACGGCUAGUGAAGCAACUGCGUGGAUACAUCGGCAACGUGGCCCAGACUGUCGUUGAAGCGCUGGGUGACCUGCUGAUCAUCCAAGCAGAGCUGCCUUCCGAAGGUGAGGAUGGUGAUGAGAUGUCUUCCGAGGAUCACGAGGGUUCUGCCGAUGCCGUAUUCAAUAGCCAGCUCUAUCUCUUCGAGGCCGUCGGGAUCAUCUGCUCAACGACCGGAGUCCCCGUCGACAAGCAGGUCUUUUAUGCCCAGUCAGUCUUGAACCCCAUUUUUGCUGACAUGGAGCGCAACCUUGCUGCCGCCAAGAGCAACGACGAGCGAGCUAUGUUGCAAAUCCACCACGACAUAAUGGCCCUAGGCACUCUUGCCCGAGGCUUCUCGGACUGGAUGCCGGGCACUUCGACCACGGCUCACCUGCCUGCUGCAGAGGUUUCAGAGGCUUUCUGCCAAGUGGCCGAGGCUACCUUAGUUGCGCUUGAAUCUCUUAAGUCGUCUUUCAACAUCCGGACUGCCGCUCGAUUUGCCUUUUCCCGACUCAUUGGUGUUUUGGGCGCCAGAAUUUUGCCCCAGCUCCCUCGCUGGAUUGAUGGCCUCUUGACCCAGACCUCCUCGCGUGAUGAGAUGGCCCUUUUCCUGCGUCUUUUGGAUCAGGUUAUUUUCGGAUUCAAGACUGAAAUCUAUAGCAUUCUCGACACUCUCUUGACUCCGUUCUUGCAGCGGGUAUUCGCCGGGAUUGCGGAACCCACCACGGGGACUGACGACGAGAUUCAACUCGCGGAACUCAAACGUGAAUACUUGAACUUCCUUCUGGCGGUAUUGAACAAUGAUCUCGGGGCCGUGAUCAUCAGUGAGAGAAACCAACCCCUCUUCGAAACCGUCAUCACCACCAUCGAACACUUCGCCAAGGAUGUCGAGGACUUUACUACUGCUAAGAUGGCUUUCUCUGUGUUGUCCCGGAUGGGUGGCUCCUGGGGUGGACCAGAUAUCGCCCCCGGUGCUACCAACGGCGCUGCUGCUACUCAGACUGCACUUCCUGGCUUUGGAAGUUUCAUGAUUACCCGAUUCUCGCCUCUUUGCUGGGCGCUCCCUACUACUCCGUCCUUCAACUCGAAAGAUGCGCAGGCCAAGCAAGUCCUCGCCGAAGCCGGCGGGCUACAGCGUACAAUCUACCUCAAGACUGGCAUCGAAUAUGCCGACUACCUACGGAACCGCGAACUGCCUGGCAUGGGCAUGGGCGGUGACCUCAUUGAAGAGUUCCUGACGGCCCUGAGCCAGCUGGACGUGAAGGGGUUCCGGCAAUUUUUCCCUUCCUUCAUCCAGCGAUUGAGCGCAUGA